AUGCCCAGCGGAGGGAUUGGCAAAGCCACCGCGCUCGCGCUCGCCAAACGGGGAUGCUCCAUCGCGGUGCACUACCAUCGCAACGCCGAGGAGGCCACGAAGCUCGUCGCCGCGCUGGGCGUCAAAGCGGCCGCGUUCCAGGCCGACCUGUCGUCGUACGACGAGGCGCGGUGGCUGCACGCCGAGGUCGUGCGCGAGCUCGGGCACCCUGACAUCUUGUACAACAACUCCGGCAUGACAGGAACGCGGAUCGGGCCCCGGGGAGAUAUCGGCGACAUGAGCGUCGACGAGUUUGAGCGGACGUGGAGGACGAAUACCGGGACCGCCUAUCUGCUGACGCAGCUGUGCAUCCCGCACAUGGAAGAGCAGAAAUGGGGAAGGAUCAUCUUCUGUUCGAGCGUCGCUGCCGGAACGGGAGGUGUCAUCGGGCCGCACUACGCCAGCUCCAAAUCCGCCAUGCACGGCCUGGUACACUGGAUCGCGCAGAGAUACGCCAAAGACGGCAUCGCGAGUACGUGCAACGCGGUGGCGCCGGCGCUGAUCGUCGGGACGACGAUGAUGGCCAACCCGCCGGAUGAACACAAGAGGCUCAUACCCGUCGGGCGGUUCGGUCAACCGGAGGAGAUCGCGUCUAUCGUCGAGCUGCUGGUCCUGAACGCGUACAUGACGAACAAGCGUACACCGUCGGGUUCGACUGAAUCCGUGCCGCAGAUCGUCGUGGGCGAUGGCGGGAUGCAGCCGACGGCGUUUUAA